AUGAGCAUGAGCCAAGGCCGAGGAUCUUCAGAGAACUCCAACUCCAAAGGCCGUUCGACUGGUGGUCGUGGCUCUCAGAAAGGUCCAGGACGAGGUGGUCGUGGUAGGGGAAGGGGUGGUAGAGGACGAGGCGGUCGAGGAAGAGGACGUGGCGGUCGCUCCCAAAACAAGAACAAUCGAAGCGGGAGGAAUCAUCAAGAGAAUGACAACCGUCAAAAUGUAUCCGUUGCUUCCAGAUCCUAUACAAUAGAACCAAAAGAAUCAACUGAAAGGAUGGAUACUAGCAAAAAUGUAUCAAAUCAAGACGAAGCACUAAUGGGAGCAUACCAAUAUUGCCCAAGAGAGGAAUGCGACGAACGACAGGAACUGAAGCAAGUACACGAGUUGGAAGCAACACUGGAAACCUGCUCGUUACCUCAAGCACAACGAAAACUAGAUCCUUGCCUAGCCGUAUCCAAAUUCAAGCGCUCGGCAGCUGGUACCUCUCAUACCGUCAAGCCAGCGCAAGUCCUAGAACGAACCCUGUCCCAUCUUCAGCGAAUCUGUGCUCGCCAUCAAGCUUCACCAGAACAUCCACCUAUUAACAAUCUUUUAGACUGGGCAGAAUUUCUGGUCGAUCGUUUGCGGGCAAUUCAAGCAGAUGCGACACGAUUGUCCUCGAGCAAUGCUGGUGUUUCAAGGGAUUGGCACGUUCAAUUGGUUCGAAUGCUGAUUUGGAUUCGGUAUUGGACCUAUUCCCUGGAUGGUGAUUCGUCAUGGCUUCAGCGAACUAUUAAUACCAUGAUUGGAACUGCGAUGGAGUCGUAUUGGGGUCAAGGGCAGGGGCUAGAGGGGCUAUCUGAUGCCGAUGAAAAAUUGCAUGAACGAAUGGACGAUGAAAUGUUGUGUUGGUCAGCUCUCCUGCACGUAUCGCAACAACAGGAACGACAAGUGGGUAAACGAAUUGGCCAGGCCGACGAUUUGAGCUGCAACAGUAUUCUUUUGGAUUUUUCCAAACUCUCCACGACGAGAAAGAUCGCACAUCAUUCACUAUGGAGUCAAGUAUUAAUCCUUUCGUCUCACCUCGUUCGCUAUGAAUACUAUGCAGCAUGGAAAAAGAUGGACAAUAUUACAGCAGGUCUCGCGUCGCAACCCAUGUCUAUUUUAUUCAAGUGUUGCAUCGAACCUAAUCUAUCUCUUUGGAGAUACAGGACGAUUCAGCAUUACAACAAGAGCUUUGCCAAGGAGGAGCAAAUAACAAGUGUGCCAAGGCUGUUAUCAAUAGAUCCAACCGAAUGGAAUUUGGACCACGCUCGGGAUUUUGGGUUGCCAGUCGAACAAAAGGACGAUGGAGAAAUCGCAUUGGUCUUCAAGAAAGCGCCGUUGAAAGAUGACGCUCCACGCACCAACAAUGCAGGGUCAAGGGUGAGGGAUCAUAGGUUCACAUUUGGAAAGUGUUUUGAUCUGAACGAAAAGAUGAGCAUUUCGAGUGUCCACAUUGACCAGAUGCUGAAAGGUGGACUGCCAUGA